CCGACGCAUUUCUGUUGCGCUCGAGUAAUUAUACCAAUCAUAUGGAUACCCCUUCGUAUUAAUCCAGGUGGGCUCGAAAACAGGCCAUUCAAGACUUCAAGACUCGCCUAAAAUACAAGAAGACCGCAAUGAGUUCCCCUCAACUAAUCGCCUCCUCCAGCCGCACAGGCUCCGAAGCAGGUGGAGGAAGCGACGAAGAUAUGGACUGGGAAGAAGUAUCCGUGCCCCAUGCAGAACUGUCAACACCUGCAAAAAGCGUGUCUGAUUACGACCUUCAAACGUCUGGGCCCAUGACUGGUCCUGCUCUCAAGAGUGGGGUGGAAACCAUUGAAAUCACGUUGAAAAGGGUCGCGAAGAAGGACGACACCAAGCGAAAGAAACAGGCAGAGCAAAUCGCUGAGCUUCGAGCUUUACGAUUAACUUGUCAUAAGAUUCACACAGUCGCUUUGCUAGCAAACGCCAUUAUUCGCAACAAAUUGCUAAACGACCCUCUCUUGCAUGCCCGCCUCUUGUCUUUAACACCUAUUCACCUGCAGACAUCGUUCGAUAUGAUUACGAAGAAGCGGCAUCCAGAAGCAGCCAAGCGUGGUCGUCUUUUCGAAUCUAGUAUGAUGCGACUUACUCAGUGGUGGUAUGAAGAGUUCUUCACAAUUGAAGGCUUUGGUCACAUCAAAUCCCGCACCUUCGACGAAGUACAGAAGAUCCUUCUCGACAGUCGCGGAAGCGAUGAACCGCUUCAGCUGAGUGACCUCGAGGACGAUGAGAGCGAGGUGGUCAGAAGUUCGAAAAGCUUAAUGAAACACGCAUUGAAGUGUCGUGGGAGUAGAGAUGUCAGUUCCCAGCUUUUCACUGCAUUGUGCCGAGCUCUUGGUAUACCUGCCAGGCUCGUCGUGAGCCUCCAGAGUGUCCCCUGGCAAGCAGGUACAGGAAAGUUAAAGUCGACUAAAAAGAAGAAUUCAAGGAAAGGCAAGGAGAAGGCAGGUAUCCCUUCUAAUUCUGAAGCUCAGGGCAGUAACCUCGAAAACGAAGACGUCGAGGAUGAUGACAUGGAGGAAAUUCAAAUCCCUGAUUUCCGCGACGAGAAGGAUGUUUUUCCGGGGGAGGGUCAAUCCUUAUCAUCCGGCAUGAGCACUCCCAGCAUAAAGGGUAAAGAGAAGAUGCUACCAAAGAAUGUCAUCAAACUUCGUAAAUCAAAGUCGACUGGCCAAAAGCUGGGUUCAUCAAGUAGUUCACGGCAUAGUACGCCCGCGCGACCCAUCGGAGGUUACCCACCUGUCUUCUGGACUGAAGUAUACUCAAAACCAGAUGGAAGAUGGAUGCCUGUUGACCCAACACGAUACAUCGUCAACAAGCGCAAAACAUUUGAGCCACCCCAGCACGAUAGAAACAACCGAAUGGUGUACGUCAUAGCUGUCGAGGAGGACGGUUAUUGUCGGGAUGUCACCGCGCGGUAUGCUAGGGAUUACGGCACGAAAACUUCCAAAGCUCAGCUCGGCGGAAAAGGUCGGAAAGAGUGGUGGGAGUCUGUUAUGUCGCUUGUGACUCGGCCUUACAGACUACUACGGGAUGACGCUGAGGAUGAGGAAUUUGAGUACAACAAGUACAUUGAGGGCAUGCCGACCUCAGUUGCAGGCUUCAAAAACCAUCCUCUCUACGUACUAGAACAGCACCUCAAACGGGAGGAGGUAAUAGAUCCAAAGGUCGAAGUUGGAAAGUUUAGGGGUGAACCUGUCUAUCCGCGCUCGAACGUGGUUCAAUUGAAAACUGCAGAGAACUGGAUACGUGUUGGUCGACGGGUAAAAGAGGGAGUUCAAGCGAUGAAAUGGGUUAAGCAGCGCGCGGUGACAAUACAUCGGAGGCGUGCAAUGGAGCUUGCCCAGCAGGAGGGCGACGAAAUGCUCCAAGGGCUUUAUUCGGAGGCACAAACGGAAAUCUACGUGCCUGAUCCGGUAGUUGAUGGUAUCGUGCCAAAGAAUGAAUUUGGUAACAUAGAUCUCUACACUCCCUCAAUGUUACCCAAGGGAGCUGCACAUAUCCCGUAUAAAGGAGCUGCGAAGAUCGCAAAGAAACUCGGCUUUGAUUAUGCUGAAGCAGUCACGAAUUUCGAAUUUAAGAAGGGGCGUGCUUUCCCCGUGCUUUCGGGGAUCGUCGUUGCAGCUGAAAACGAAGAGAUACUGCUGGAGGCAUAUUGGGAGGCCGAGCGCGAAGCGGAGGAGAAAGAGCAGAUAAAACGGAGAGAGCGUGUCAUCAAGCGCUGGACAAGGCUGAUAAAUGGUCUGCGCAUUCGGCAGCGACUGCAAGAGCAGUAUGCAAACGGAGGCGAACCCUCGACGUCGGGAUUAUGGCAUGAGAACGGUGAAAUGGCGGCGGAAAUUCAAAAGGCGGAAAUUGAGCAGCCGGGUGGAUUCCUUACAGAAGCGGACGCAGUAGUUCAACCCUUCCACCUCCCGCGUUUUGAACAUGGUGCCUAUGAGCCUGAGUUGGAAGUGGGCACUGCUGCUGAACGAGAUGAAGCUCAUGAUAAGCUCACAACAGGUGAAGCUGUCGAUCUUCAGGUGAGCGCUCAGCCUCCAAAAGACUCAAAUCUCGGUGGUUAUCUUGUCGAAGAGGGGGAAGAUGACGAUCUUGAAGAGAUCUUGCCUGUCAGUGAUGGCCAGACCAUUACGUCUACGGCUGUCCGGACUCCGAAGUCAAUGCGCGAGCUUGCAGAGGAGAGUGCAACCCAACAAAUGGGGACUGAUACCACCGAAUACAACGGCGGACUUGUUCAGAUGCCCGCUGACACUGGUGAAAAACCACCGGCCCUCAUCGGGCAAGACAAUGUUCGUAAUCAACGUCCGGUGAGGACACGAAAUUCGAACUCGUCUACCCCGUCAACUCGCCGCAACAGCAUGCGAUCCGUAGUGAAAACAAGUAAACGAAGAAAUUCGGGACGUAAACGCAACACUACCUCAUCUUCCGCCUUAUCCAGUCCAUCUUCGGGACGAGAUGAUAAUCUUGAUAAUGAGGACCUUGGCAAUAGCUGGGAAGAAAGCGACGACGAUAUAGGGAAUUCACGUCAGCGGCGCACUGGUUCAUCAAAAUCCAUUCUAAAACGAAAGCGGACCGAGCUAGCAUCUACGGUGCCGCCACCAUCUACGAGGGUCUUGCGAACGCGGGUUCCCAAGACGGCGGAACAGGUUAAAGUAGAAAAGGAGGUAGAAGCCGCGUACCGAAAAGCAAUAGCACAAUAAUAAGAUCGGUGGUCUUUCAUUGGUUCUUAGAUUCAAGUUUUGCUGUAUCAGUGUACUAUCCUUUUCAAUCUGGGGGUGGAUUUUAGUGUAUUACGAACCAUAGUAAUAGGAAAUCGGCUUGUAUAUACCAGGGUAUUAGAUUAAUGAGAUUUCUCUCCGUGAUCUAGUGAAUCGACUUCCUUGGUAUUAUUAGUGUUUUCUGUGGAACCCUGAACGCUGUUUGCGAAAAGAUGCGAAUUGUCCUUUGGCAACACACUCGGGAGAAGGACUGCAAAAGUGAGAUACGAUGUAUGCCCGCGAACUUCGUUGAUGACCCUUGAGACAACCCGUUUCGGAGGCUCCGUCGCUAAUGGUUCAGGUUCAGGAGAAAAUAACGGCUCCUGGACAACGACAGUCGAGUCGUCCGCUGCAACGGCGUCUUCGGCCAUGCCAAACUCGUCUUCCGCAUCCGCGUGCCACAGCUGUGCUACCGAUUCUUGUGUAAUUUCCGAGACCGUUGGGUCGUUUUCGGCGAAUUUUGAGGUGUCUUCUUCACGAUUAUGACUCAUCACCUCGUCUUCAGUACGUAGCUUCUUUGCUUCUGUCCUGUCUUCAGCUGCGUCUUCAAGAUUCUGUACUUCGGCGCCACCAGCAUUGUCGUCCCUGCUUUCCUUCAAGUUUGAGGGUUCUCGUGGACUUCGCUUCCGCUUCUUCUCCUUCCUCGCCUGCGAUGACGCUAUUUGCAUGAGACGCUUGUACUCUCGUCUGACUUCCGAUCGUUUCAGUUUGUCACUAACUUGACCAAUAGGCUGAAGUGCCGGAACUGUAUGCACUUCGUGCGGUCUAAGAAGCGUCUCGUACAUAGUAAUGUCUGUGAACCCGGCAUCAUUCAGUGCCGCGACGGUUCGCAAGACUUGUUCCAUGCAUGGACUGAAGCAGCAAAUUCGAGUUGCCCGAUCUUUUCGCAACGCCUUUUUCGCAUGGCAGAUGGCGUCCCAUGGUGCAGGGAGAUCAAGGAAAACUGAAUCGACCAGGUCGGCGACCGUAAAACCCUCUCUGCAUACAUUACGGUGAGUCAACGUAAUAAUUUCGGAGAGUCCAUGGCUGCGGAAUUCCUCUCUUGCUUUAUUAGCUCUUGGUUCGUGGAACUCGUAAGAAUACAGGUGUCCUUUGGGACCGAUGGUCCUUACAACAGAAUGUGAGAAAGAGCCAGAACCCGUGCCUGCUUCGACAACCUUGCUUCCGGGUUUGAUGUCGAGAUAGGAGACGAUGAAGGCAAUGUCAGCAAGGUAGAGGAUCUGGGUGCGGUGAGGAAGUGCGAUCGUCCAGAGCUCGGGGGUAGGACGGAGCACGUGAAUGAACCCUUUGCCGUUCCGGGAGCCCACUUUGGAGCCGUAAGGGAUGCCGACGAGGUCAGAAUGCGAGUAGACGCCGAAUUUUCCGUUGAAUUCUUUGCCCGGAGUGACGACGAGAGGCUGGACGGAGUCCCGCGUAAGCCAGAUGAUGACCAGAUCGCCUGCUGCAAUCUCUCUUGCUCUGGACCACAUGUGCCCCUACGGAAAUGUCUUAUUUUUCCACGGAAGUAUAUGCGCUUGACCGCUAGCCGCUGGUGCUGUGUGCGUCGCCAGGUGACGGACGGAGACAAGGUAUGGACGGAGCAACGACAAC